AUGACGUCACCAGGUCCGUUUAGAUCUUUCUGGGCCUUGGACCUGUCGCAAUCAGCUGGCUUCUGCUUCUGGCCCUGCCAUUCUUCUUCAUUAUUCUCUGCACUAAUUAAGAGCAUGAUACAUGAUGCAGGUCCCUAUAAGGGUUUUCUCAUCAUGCAUGUGACUAGCAGCAAGGUGACCAUGGUCAACCCUUUGAAAAUUGGGAGGUGUGACCAAAAAGAAGCCAUUAGUGGCUCUGAAAUUGGAGCUGACAAUUCGCCUGGAGUGGUGGCAGCAGCAGCAGGAGCUUCAUUCUAA